GCCCGAAUUGAUGUCUCCUCUGGUUUUCUGAGGGUCUCUCUCUUUCAAUCCCUCUCGUCUGACUCGAGGGCCAAACUUGGGGACCUUCUCCAACCCUAAUCGGGCAAUUGAUCCUCUCGGAAAAUCUCCCCGAAAAUGCAGAAUCCCAGGCUGAAGCAACACCAGCAGCAAGCUCUGAUGCAACAAGCUCUUAUGCAACAACAGUCUCUGUACCACCCUGGCCUCUUAGCUGCUCCUCAGAUUGAACCAAUUCCAAGUGGAAAUCUGCCUCCUGGUUUUGAUGCAAGUUCUUGCCGCAGUGUGUAUGUGGGGAAUAUUCAUCCGCAGGUAACGGAGUCCUUACUUCAGGAACUUUUUGCAAGUAAUGGCCCGGUUGAAGGUUGUAAACUUAUUAGAAAGGAGAAAUCAUCUUAUGGAUUCAUUCACUAUUUUGACCGUAGAUCAGCUGCUCUUGCCAUAUUGUCUCUUAAUGGGAGGCACCUGUUUGGUCAGCCUAUCAAAGUCAACUGGGCCUAUGCUAGUGGGCAAAGGGAAGAUACAUCAGGUCAUUACAACGUAUUCGUUGGUGAUCUUAGUCCAGAGGUUACUGAUGCUACAUUGUUUGCAUGCUUUUCUGUUUACCCCAGUUGCUCAGAUGCAAGGGUUAUGUGGGAUCAGAAAACAGGACGAUCAAGAGGGUUCGGAUUUGUUUCAUUUCGUAACCAACAGGACGCACAAAGCGCUAUUAAUGAUUUGACUGGCAAGUGGCUUGGUAGUAGACAAAUACGCUGUAAUUGGGCAACAAAAGGUGCUGGUUCUAGUGAGGACAAACAAGGUUCAGACACUAAAAGUGUGGUCGAACUAACAAAUGGUUCAUCUGAAGAUGUUAAGGAGACGAAUAACAGUGAUGCCCCAGAGAACAAUCCUCAGUAUACAACCGUCUAUGUGGGAAAUCUUGCACCAGAGGUAACCCAGCUUGAUCUCCAUCGCCACUUCCACAAUCUUGGGGCUGGUGCGAUAGAGGAGGUCCGAGUCCAGCGUGAUAAAGGGUUUGGUUUUGUGAGGUAUAGUACUCAUUCUGAAGCGGCAAUGGCUAUUCAGAUGGGGAAUACCCAGUCUUUCCUCUUGGGCAAACAAAUUAAGUGCUCCUGGGGGAGCAAGCCCACUCCUCCUGGAACUGCUUCAAAUCCUCUUCCCCCACCUGCUACUGCGCCUCUGCCUGGUUUUUCUGCAUCUGAUCUUCUGGCCUAUGAGCGUCAGCUAGCAAUGAGCAAGAUGGGUGGUGUCCAUGCCCUGAUGCAUCCCCAAGGGCAGCAUCCUCUUAAACAGGCAGCACUUGGAGGAAGCCAGGCGAUAUAUGAUGGUGGGUUCCAGAAUGUUGCUGCACAACAAAUGAUGUACUACCAGUGAUACAUAUAGUGAUAUGCUUUAAUGCUUUCUCGUUUCCUCCUUUACUUACAGUGGUGUGGUUGUUAGCCCCACAAUAUUUAGAUAUGAUAAUCUGUAUGGCUGUGUAUCAUCAUGUAUGCGGUUUUAUUAUUAGUAGCGAUGAGUGGUCGAGUUUGAGGCUUUUGAAAAGUUUCUCUUCCCUGCCUACCAUCUUAUGGUGUUGGUGUUUUAACCAACAUUAAUAUUUGUGUACAUUGUGUGACGUUUUCAUCCUCAUGCCAUGAUCAUCCUUUACAGAGGCCGUUUGGUGAAAUUUGAAAUUAUGAUCCUGCAAA